AUGCCUGAGGGCUCGCGACGCGCGAUUCCAUCCGACUUAGCGAUCCCCAAUUUCGUUGCUGAUCAGCAAGCACCGUAUAAUCUUCCGUUCGAGAAGGAGGAUGCCCAACCCAAUGAUAUGGGAGGUCUGGCUUCGUGUUCGCUAACAGACGACCUCAAGUUGCCGUGCAGCGAACCAUCUUCAUCCCGGACCGUCGAGCGACAAGACGAGCCCAAUCUCAGGAAACUUCAACCUGGGGACUUUUUGUACAAGCAAGUUUCGGCGUAUCAAAAACACUUCACCCCAUUACUCGAGGCGGAACAACAUGAAGAGUCCUCGAGAAUUCAGGAAAGACUCGGACAAUGGCCUCUGGAACUCCUGGUUGCCGAGGGAUAUGCUUUGGUGGAGCUCUCUGCUUUCCGUUACAUUAAGAAUGGAGAGAAGGUACAUGAUGGCUAUACGUUUAGCUUCGUACCUCCACCAGGCGAAUUCCUCGGUUACAAUCUCUUUACACGAGCUCAGCACUUGACCGUCGUGCCCAACCCGUACUCUCCCCUGAACUUCUACCACCAACAAGAUGUCGACCUUGGUUUCGAUGCAAUUCCUAGUGGGAUAGUGAUUCAUUCCAGCCCUGAAGAGAUAAGAGUCAGGUUUUCGACGAAGGAUUUGAAGUUUCCUUCCAAUCAGCUGUGGAGAUUGGAUCUCGCGGCCUGCGAUAUCGCUUACUUGCGAAUGGCGGCGGCGAUGGAGUGCUUACGCGACACGCCCACCGAGAUUGAACCAGGGGCGUCCCAAGACAAACCUCGUAUGAAGGGGACAGUUUUACGGGAGCGUUUGCUUGAAAAUUGGCCUACUGAAGGGGCCCGGAACCAAGAUGCGAUUCGGCCUGCUGGUGUGGGAUCUAGCCCUCUCAUUGACGAUCCCUCUAUCCUCGACUGGGCGAACCGGCACUCUAUCACACCGCCCGUGCACAAGGAAGGAGACCCUGUCGUCACCCUCAACGCCUCUCAAACACAGGCCAUUGCCCUCAUGUUCAAAGAGCGGCUCAGUCUUGUCCAAGGGCCUCCUGGAACCGGAAAGACCCGCACCAUUAUUGAAGCUCUGCGCAUCCUGAAAUCCCAUUUCAAAGUGGAACAUCCCCUCCUCGUCUGUACCUACACCAACGUCGCGGUGGACAACCUUGUAGAAGGAAUUGCCGACGCUGGUAUGAAUCCUCUUCGCGUCGGGAAUGAAGGGGGCGCCCAAAUGGAAAGACACCCUCGAUGGCCAGAAGUUGUGAAGAUUAUGAAUGAGAUUGCCCAAAUCAGACAAAUUCGUGAUCGAUUGCGGCGGGAAAUGGGCUCAGCACCUUCAGAUCAGCAAAAGGAGUCUAUUUCUCGACUUGGCAACAAGAUACAUUUACUAAGGGAAAGCAAAGCCAAGCUAGAGUCAGCGAUGAGAUACAUGAUUUUCAAAUCUGCAGACGUUAUUUGCACUACUUGCAUCACUGCCGGAUCUAGCGCAUUCCGUAUGAUGGACUUCCCUGUAGUCUUCCUUGACGAAGCUUCAAUGUCGACGGAGCCAGCUUCUCUUAUUCCCCUUAUGCACGGUUGCAAGCACCUAGCCCUGAUCGGUGAUCACAAGCAGUUACCACCAGUAAUCACUAGUGAGUUGGCCAAAGAGGGCGGUCUUGGAAAGAGUUUAUUCGAGAGGUUGAUCGAAGAGGGUUCCGUUCCUUCGGUGAUGCUCGACACUCAGUACCGUAUGCAUCCCAGCAUUUCUGCAUUUCCCAGUGACGAGUUUUACGGAAAGGCGUUGAGGGAUGGAACAAUCAGUCCCGCUGGUGGCGUCCCUGCCACUCUGGCUCCGCCUCAUUCGAUGCAUCUUGCCAGACGAAAGUCAAAACUUACGGGCGAGAUCCCCGCGGUUCUAUUUAUCCAUCACGACAACCACGAGAUCAGCCGAGACCGUUCUAGGGCCAACCUCGAGGAGAUGAAGAUUGUCGCCGCCGUUCUUGAGGAUCUCCUUCUCAUGAACCCAGGACUUCGAGGACGAGAUAUUGGAAUUAUCUCGCCGUACGUCGCGCAAGUCCGCAUGUUGAACAAGAUGCUCAAAGAGGAUUCUUCCUGGGCGGACGCAUUCCGAGACGCACUCGGCGACCCUCGGUGUCACGAGCUGCAAGACGUGGAAAUCAAGACUGUCGACGGCUUUGAAGGGCGAGAGAAGGAGAUCAUCAUCUUUUCGACCGUCCGUAACAAUUCGUGGGGCCAUAUUGGCUUCCUCGCGGACAGAAGACGGAUGAACGUUGCUCUCACACGCGCUAAGCGCGCCUUAUUUGUCGUCGGGAGCAUAUCAACAUUGUCCAAAGGUCGUCAUGGUGGCAACUUCCUUGACCCAGAGGGUGAGGAAAUGGAAAAGGAUGUAGCCAAAAUGGUGGUUCAAGGUUCGGGAGAUGAGUGGAGAAAGUACAUCAAAUUUAUCCUCGCCAAAGAGUUCUUCAUCGAGUUCAACCACCCAGUCGACUAUCGGUCUCCAGAGGAGAUUCAAGAGUUUGAAAAGGUUGCGGAAGCAGCCCACCUGUCUAGAUCUACGUAA